CGGCCAUCUUGGGUCAACUGUCAGUUGUCAACGCGCGGUCUCACCGCGCAUGCGUGAUUGUAGUUUUGUGAGCAAACUUUUUUUAAAACUAAACCAUGAAGCUCCUUGGCGUAAUACUCCUGACUGUCGCAGCAGUGUCGGCUAUCCCCAGGAGUGCAACCAGACAGCAACCGGUGACAGCACACAUCACCUCUCUCAGCGACAAGGACGCUAGAAGCAAGGCGAGGGUACAUCCAGCUUUCGCCAAUGCAGGCCGUGUAGCCGGCGUCGAAGUUUGGAGAAUUCAAGACUUCGAGCCCGUUGCAGUUUCAGCAGCUGAUUUCGGCAAAUUCUACAAAGGCGAUUCCUACAUUGCCUUGAGGACUACAGCUGACAAACGCAACAAUUUAUCUUGGAACAUUUACUACUGGAUCGGCAGCGAAUCGUCACAGGACGAGUCUGGCGCCGCAGCAAUAUUGACUGUUGGACUUGAUGACAAAUUUAAUGGCGCUGCUAUUCAACACAGAGAAGUUUUAGGACAUGAGAGUGAAGACUUCAAAGGAUUAUUCCCAUCAGGCUUACAAUAUUUAAGUGGUGGCCACGCAUCUGGCUUCAACCAUGUUGUUACAAACGCUGGCGCUGAAAAGAGACUUAUCCAGGUGAAAGGCAAACGAAACGUUCGUACACGGCAGGUAGACCCCCUGAUCUCUUCGAUGAACAAAGGAGACUGUUUCAUCCUGGACAUUGGUAACGAAGUCUACGUCUACGUCGGAGAAAGCGCAAAGAAUAUGGAGAAACUGAAGGCUAUGUCGGUAGCCAACCAGAUCAGAGACCAGGAUCAUAAUGGGAGAGCUAGAGUGGAAAUUAUUGACCAAUACUCCAACGAUGUGGAUACCCAGAAGUUCUUCACCGCACUAGGAUCAGGAGCCAAAGACCUGGUGCCAGAAGCAAGCGCUGGUGGAGACGAUCAGGCCUUCGAGCGCACUGAAGAACAAUCAAUUGUUCUAUCAGAAGUGUCGGAUUCUUCAGGAAAAGUGAAGGUCACUGCUCUCUCCAAGCCAUACACACAGGCACAAUUGAAACCACAGGAAGCAUACAUUUUGGACACAGUGACCGGUAGCAUUUACGUUUGGACCGGCAAGCAAGCUACGGAGAGGGAGAAGACUGAAGCUAUGAACAAAGCUCAGCAACUGUUGUCGUCAAAGAAUUACGCGUCUUGGGUCAAAGUACUGAAGAUACCUCAGGGCACUGAACCUGCGAUCUUCAAACAAUACUUCACAACUUGGAGGGACCUCGGCAUGUCACACACAAGAAUAGUAUAAAUUAAUAACUCAUAAACAAAAAUAUCAAACCUAAACAAAUAAUCACUCAGCAGCAUAGCUUAUCAUUUUUUUUUCAAACAAACAAGUAUAUUAAAAAUAAACUGGAAUGAAAAUAAAAAAACAAAGAAGCGUUUGGAAAAGCCGCCAUCUAUGAAUUGCAACUGUAACUAACUAAUACUUUAAGCGCUGCCAUCUAGUUGUCGAAUACGCAAGUUAAGUAUGUAUGUUGUACCAAUAAUAAAAUACCGAACAAAAUAAAUACUCAUUUUAUUA